GGACGACAAGACGAAAAGACGAAAAGAGCGAAAAUGAUAACUAGAUAAAACGAUCUGCUGUUGGAAGUGGAUCCUGAAGUGCCUGACUAAUCAGUUUCUGGGCCGACUUGCUGCAGCGUUGAUGCGUGAUUGGAGUGACGGAAGUGAAGUUUGGCUUGGGAGAGAGGGAUGGAGUGAUAGAUACUGGGAUUGCCACGACGCGGCCUUAUCUAGCGCGAUCAAAUUACAUCAUUGACACCAAGGAUACCCUGAAAUGCUGCGUACCCAUUGAACAGCAAGCGACGAGUACGACGAGUACGACGAGUGCGAGGAGUGCAAGGAGUGCCGGUACCAGCACCAGCACCAGCACCAGCACCAUUCGACUUUUCUUCCCUCUUCCUCUUUGCUCAGACGCAGCCGGCCUUCCUUUGGAUUUCUAAUUAUAUCCCUUGUAUACCUUGUACACCUUGUCAAAAGAGAGCUAAUGACCUACUUUACUACCCGAUCACCUAGCACUCGACCCAAGAGUACUUAAUACUUUCCUGCAAACCCUAACAGAUCCUUCUUCUUCUCUUCUCUUCUCCUCUUCUCCUCCUCUCCUGCAAUAUCUAAUAAUCUCACCCGAGAAGAAAUCUCCUGUUGCGUCUUCACUACUUCGCUACCUCGCUACUAACAAAAGAAUCACCUGGCGAUUAAUAACGGUCUAUUCACGGCUCACUCGGAAAUCUCCAGAAUCAAACAUCACACCAUAUUUGGUGCUUAAUUCUCUUCACAAUGGACGGCUCAAGUGAUAAAUGGGCUCAGCAAUACCUAAUCGAUCCUCUCACUGCUCCUCAGCCAAGCGAAGAAACAGGUCCCGGAAGCCAUUUCAAAUCUUCCAUUCCACAAACCAAAUCAAGCAGUUUCGGUAGAAACAAUUCCACCAAGAAAACAGCCCAACCAACCGUGUCAUCCUACCCGACACCUCCCUCCUCAGCGAGCCCUACCAAAUCCUCCUUCAGCUCCAACAAUCCCUAUUCAUCUCAUCGUCAAUCGGCUUUUGGCGGCUACCCCAAAUCCAACGGUGGAAGUCUCCGCAGCAGUCUCGACGAACCUGUAAGCAAUAAUGGCAAAGGACGUCGACGAGGUAGCUCACUAGGCGAGCGUUAUCCCGGCGACAUGUCCCACAGACCUCUCGACCAACUACGUCAAGAAACUAAAACAGCUUAUCGAUCUCCACACCUCCGUAAGAAGCACAUUCCAGGUGCCGAUACAAUUGACUCUCUCGAUCGUACUGCAGUCGGUGGUGCGUAUCAUCAUGGAGGCCCUUAUGAUGCUACAUUGAUGGCGCGUAAUACAAGUUACAAGAAUUCCCCCGUGGCAGCGGUUGCAGAAUCGAAUGCGGAAGCUAUCAGAGCUACCCCGAGAGAGAAUAUUCAAGAUAGUUUGGAUAGGCAUAUUCCAUUAUCAGGAACAGCUGUGAUUCCUCCCGGAAUGCCUGGACCAGAUGGCAGGAUUAUGAAUUAUGAAGAAGGUGCGGAUUUGAUGAGGGAACCUGAUGCUGCUGGUGGUGCAUAUAAGAGAUGGGAUCAUGUGAAAUACCUCCCCGAAGACUACAAAGGCAAAGGCGAACCCUCCUUCACCAUCGAAAAAGCCCUCAAAGAUCACAAACGCGCCCAAAAAGCCCACGGUCGCAACAUGUCCGACGGAAACUCGGCCUACGAAAUGCAAUACCAACCUUCCUCGUCCGCAUCGGGAUCGAGUCUCCAACCCCCUCCCACAAACCGCCAAAGAAGCGCAAGUGGAAGUAACCUCAUGAGCGGCGGUAGCAAAAACACGACGACGACGAGCGGAAGAGCAAUGGGAACGGUAGACUUUUCAAAUGAUGACGCGGGCGUGGGAAGCAGCCGAAGUUACAGUUCUGGGAAAUCGCACAAGAUGGGCGAGGGUCUCAAGAGAAGAUUCGGCAGCUUGAAGAGAAGUUUGAAGGGGAGCGAGAAUUAAUUUUGGAUGGUAAAUUUGCUUUGUUGCGAGAACGGUUAAGAGAGGGACGGCAAUGGCUUUUGGUUGGAAGGGAUGCCUCUAAACAUGGAUAUGGACAUGAAUAUGAACACAUGGGAUGCAUGGAUGGAAUCGAUGGCAACGAUGUAUUUUUAGACUUGGAGAAAAAAUUGUACAAUAUGAGUUUCCUUAAUAAUUCCUAGGCAGAAAUAUAUGAGAGUAGAUGAUCAACUAUUCAUUUGAGAAUUACAUAUGCA